AUGAAAUUUGCCUAUGAAAACUUUAGAAACAACUUUUUCGUUGACUCGGACGAUGAUGACGAAGAUGGAUACUAUUAUUAUGGUGGUGAUGACUCGGAUGAUGAUGAUGACGAUGAAUACUCUUAUGACGAAGACGACUACUCGGAUGAUGAUGAUGACGAUGACGAAUACGAUGAUGAAGAUGACUCUGAUGACGAAUCUGAUGAAGCAUUGGAUGUAGAUGAUGAAGAGUUGGUCAUUUCCACCCCAGGUUCUAAAAAGGCACAGAUGAUGGCUGAUAUGGUAGGUCAAAAAUGUGGACUCUGUGGAAAGAAGAGUAACCUCACUAAAACCAAGUGUUGUGGCAAAUGGAUCUGUUCAAACUCUGAUCCACAUCUCAUGUUUAUGAAUGCAUGUGAUAACUGUUACCAUAACCACGAUCAACAUUCACUAUGUGGUAUGCACCAUUCAAGAAAACAUCCAGGUCCAUGGAAAAACUGUAAACUUUGUAUCAGUGAAAUUCCACCAAAGAUGUAUUCAAUGAUUGCUCAUAAUAAUUUUAAUUUCUAA